GGCCAAGAGAUCUUGAAAAGCCUGCCGACCAGGGCGACCGCCGACCAGCCGACCGACCCCGCUCUGCCUGUGUGUGACCCGUCGUUCCCGCCCGUGUGUCGUGAGCGACUCUCCUGUGCUCUUUUACGUCUCGGACGCAUCGCCAAGCACACCGCCGGCCUGAUCGCUGUUUGCUGUUUGCUGUGGUGAGCUCAGGUCACCAAGAACGUUCGUUGGCCCGCUGUCCUCACAUCGCCCAGAGAAGAGCAAUCAGCGCCGACUGGAUCUAGUCGCAAAGCACAUAUCGAUUGCCAUUGUUCCGUCCUUCACAUAGCCAAAAAUGUCUUACCAAACAUAUGCUGACGAAGUGGUCGACGACGAAGAGCUGACCCAGGAAGACUGCUGGGCCGUGAUCUCGGCAUUCUUCGAGGACAAGGGUCUGGUUCGGCAGCAGCUGGACUCGUUCGAUGAGUUUAUCGAGAAUACCCUCCAGGAGAUUGUCGACGAAAACUCGACCCUGGUUUUGCAGAAGGCGCAGCAGCACUCGGGUCUCGAGAACGAUGUUACUCGCCAAUACAUCAUCCGAUUCGGCCAGAUCUAUCUCAGCAAGCCACAACAGCAAGAAGCGGACGGCAGUGUCCGCGCCAUGUACCCUCACGAAGCCCGUCUGCGCAACCUCACGUAUCACGCCCCGAUCUACGUGGACAUGCGCAUGUCCACUCGUACCCUCGACAACUCCAUCCCGCACCAGCCUGGAGAACUGACAUGGGAGCCCGAGCAGGAGCACGAGCCGAUCAAGCAGUUUAUCGGAAACGUGCCGUUGAUGCUUCGGUCAAAGUUCUGCAUUUUGUCGGACCUGGAGGAGCAGGAAAUGGCCGAUGUCGGAGAAUGCCAUUACGACAUGGGUGGCUAUUUUGUCAUCAACGGCUCCGAGAAAGUACUGAUUGCUCAGGAGCGAAUGGCAUCCAAUAGCGUCUACGUAUUUUCCAAAGCCCAGCCCGCGACAUACACCUACAGCUGCGAGAUCAAGAGUCAAGUUGAAAAGGGCUCGAAGGUAGCCAGCUCUUUGUUCCUCAAGAUGAUGUCUCCCAAGAGCAGUGAUCGCGGUUCGACAGGCCAGCCCAUUCGCACCUCGCUCCCGUACAUCAAGACCGACAUUCCCAUCAUCAUUGUCUUCCGUGCCCUCGGUAUCGUCUCAGAUCAAGAUAUCCUGCAGCACAUCUGCUACGACUUUGAGGACUUCCAGAUGCUUGAGCUGCUGAAGCCGUGUAUCGAGGAGGCCUUUGUCAUCCAGGAGAAAGAGGUGGCUCUGGAUUACAUUGGAAAGAGAGGCACCACCGUCGGUGUGACUCGUGACCGGCGCAUCCGCUACGCCGCCGACAUCCUGCAGAAGGAAAUGCUGCCGCACGUUGGAACCAAGGCCCACACCGAGACGCGCAAGGCAUACUUUUUCGGAUACAUGAUCCACCGUCUGCUGCUAACGGCGCUCGAACGACGUGAGACCGAUGAUCGUGAUCACUUUGGCAAGAAGCGACUGGAUCUCGCCGGCCCGCUGCUCGCCGGCCUGUUCAGAAUGCUUUUCAAAAAGCUCACCAAAGAUGUCAGUCGGUACUUGCAAAAAACCGUCGAGAGUGGUGCGGAAUUCAACAUGUCCCUUGCCGUCAAGCCCUCCACCAUCACUAGCGGACUCAAGUAUUCUCUGGCUACGGGCAACUGGGGCGACCAGAAAAAGUUCAUGAGCACCCGUGCCGGUGUCAGCCAGGUUCUGAACCGCUAUACAUACGCCUCGACGCUGUCGCAUCUGCGUCGUCUAAACACGCCAAUUGAGCGCUCAGGCAAGCUGGCCCGACCGCGUCAGCUACACAACACCCAUUGGGGUAUGGUCUGCCCUGCCGAGACCCCCGAGGGCCAGGCCUGUGGUCUCGUCAAGAACCUCUCGCUGAUGUCAUACGUAACGGUCGGCUCGUCCUCUCAGCCGGUUAUGGAAUUUUUGGAAGAAUGGGGAAUGGAGAAUAUCGAAGAAACGCACGGCUCCAGUAUGACGGCUGCCACCAAAGUCUUCCUCAACGGCGUGUGGGUUGGCAUCCACCGCGAUCCUGAAGUGUUAUCCUCGUCGCUCAAGGGCCUCCGACGACGACUGGAUGUCAAGCCCGAGGUCUCGGUUGUUCGCGACGUCCGUGAGCGCGAGCUUCGGCUCUACACCGACGCUGGCCGCAUUUCCCGGCCCCUCUUUGUUGUCGAGGAGGGCAAGCAGCGCCUGAUGCUUACCCGCGCGAUCGUCCAGGAGCUGAGCGACGCCGGCGAGUUGACAUGGUCACGGCUCCUGUCGGAUGGAUACGUCGAGUACAUCGACACCGAGGAAGAGGAGACAACCAUGAUCUGCAUGACCCCCGAGGACUUGGCGGUCUCGCGUCGCCAUGCUCUCGGCAUCCAGGAGGAAGAGAAAGUCAUUGAAAUGAGUGCGCGCCUCAAAUCCACCAGUCUCUACACCGACACCUGGACGCACUGCGAAAUCCACCCCAGUAUGAUCCUCGGCAUUUGCGCCAGCAUUAUUCCGUUCCCCGAUCACAACCAGUCGCCUCGUAAUGUCUAUCAGUCUGCCAUGGGCAAGCAGGCCAUGGGCAUUUACCUCACCAACUACCAGUACCGUAUGGACACCAUGGCAAACAUUCUGUUCUAUCCUCAAAAGCCCCUGGGCACCACCCGCUCGAUGGAGUACCUGAAGUUCCGAGAGCUGCCUGCCGGCCAAAACGCCAUCGUGGCAAUCGCCUGUUACAGUGGAUACAACCAGGAAGAUUCUUUGAUCAUGAACCAGAGUUCGAUCGAUCGCGGGCUUUUCCGGUCCAUGUACUAUCGUGUGUAUCUGGACAACGAGAAAAAGGUUGGCAUCCUCAACACCGAAACGUUCGAGAAGCCCUCGCGCGAGACCACGCUGAGACUGCGACAUGGUACCUAUGAGAAGCUGGACGACGACGGUCUGAUCUGCCCGGGCGUGCGCGUCUCGGGCGAGGACAUCAUCAUCGGCAAGACCGUGCCGAUCAAUGAGGAGUCGCAGGAACUUGGCCAACGCACGAUCGCCCACACCAAGCGGGAUGCUUCUACGCCUCUCAAGAGCACAGAGACUGGCAUCAUCGACAGCGUCAUGAUCACCACCAACAACGACGGUUACAAGUUCGUCAAGGUCCGGGUGCGCUCGGUGCGAGUCCCACAGAUGGGCGACAAGUUUGCCUCUCGCCACGGACAGAAGGGUACCGUCGGCAUCACCUAUCGACAAGAAGACAUGCCCUUUACGUGCGAGGGCAUUACUCCGGACUUGCUGAUCAACCCGCAUGCCAUUCCCUCGCGCAUGACCAUCGGUCACUUGGUCGAGUGCCUGAUCUCCAAGGUCGGAACCCUGAACGGAGUCGAGGGCGACGCCACGCCGUUCACCGACGUGACGGUCGAGCGAGUCUCCAAGGAGCUGCUUGCCAGAGGCUACCAGAAGCGCGGUCUGGAGGUCCUGUACAAUGGCCACACGGGCAAGAAGCAGUCGUGCCAGUUUUUUACUGGUCCGACGUACUACCAGCGGCUCAAGCACAUGGUCGACGACAAGAUCCACUCGCGCGCCCGUGGCCCCGUGCAGAUCUUGACCCGCCAGCCCGUGGAGGGCAGAAGUCGCGAUGGUGGACUUCGUUUCGGAGAGAUGGAGAGAGACUGUAUGAUCAGCCACGGCGCCGCUCAAUUCCUGAAGGAGCGUCUAUUUGAUGCCUCCGAUGCCUACCGAGUGCAUGUCUGCGACAUUUGCGGACUGAUGGCCGUCGCCAAUCUCAAGAAGAACACCUUUGAGUGCCGCUCCUGCAAGAACAAGACCCAGGUCUCGCAGAUUCACAUCCCGUAUGCCUCCAAGCUGCUCUUCCAGGAGCUCAUGGCCAUGAACAUUGCCCCGCGCCUGAUGGUGACGUAAUCGGCGAGGAAGAUCGGUCUGGACGGCCGAGCAUCCGCCUAGUUGAUCUAAUGGCGCGGACGAUUGUCUGAGCAACUGCCUUCAUGUUGCUGUGCCCAGAUGCCGUUGCUGGCUUGGGACUCGGAGACCAAUAUAGCAGAGGUCCACGCUCUCCA